CAUUAUGUGCGUGUAGCACUAUACUUAUAAAAAAAGUAACAUUUCAAGUACUUGAAAUACACUCUAUUAUACCCGUUGUGAACAUUUAGCACUUAACUUAUCAAGAAAGUAUCAUUUCAAGUACUCCAAAAUCAUCUCAUUGUGGAUACUCUGACCCAUUAAACCCUAAUUCCACUCCAACCUUUCACACCAUAAAAUGACAAAUGCCAAAAAUAAUUAUACUAUAAAAAAUAAUCCCUCGAAAAGAGACAAAAAAAAUAAUUAUGCGAGGCCUUGGGAUCCCUACCUUUCCUAAUAAACAAUGCCACAUGAAUCCAAUAAAAGCCCAACUCUUUCUGCUGCCGUCGCCUUCACGUGUCCUUCAUUUCUGCCCUUUUCCUUCUUCUCUUCCUAUCAAGCUCCUUGGAUGAAGGGAUUCCCUUUGACUCCAAGUACAUAUACAUUACCAAUUGACCAAAUACACAUGAAUCCAUUCCGCUAAAACAUGAACGAGCUUUGCUUUCACGCAAUCGUCAGUUUUUUUCAAUCUAAUCUAAUGACUCCAAUGGGAUUCAAGGUCAAAGUGUUGAAGUAAUCUUGGAUCCUUCACAGUAACCCUUUUUUCACUAUAAAAAGGCGUAGCCAAAUAAGAAAUUCCACUCUUUUAGUCUCUCUCCUCUCUCUCUCUCUCUCUCCCUUGAAGCGAAGUUAGUCAAAUUGCAGCUCGCACCAGAAGAUAAUGAGUGAACUGAGACAUCUCAUCAAUGGCAUAUCGUCAUACGAGACCAACAUUAUGCUUGCCGCACUCAUAUCCCUCCUUUUAGUCAUCCUCUUCGUCUUGCUCCUCCACAUAUACGCCAAAUGGUUCUUGUCUCAACCCCGCCAGGGACAGCAGUCUAGCUCUGUCACCGUCUCUCACGUCCUCCGCCCUUCUAGGUUCCACAAUUUCCACACACUCCACUUGGAGGACACCGCCUCCGCCACAGCUCCUAAUUCAACCUCCAAGGGUCUCGACGCUUCUCUAAUCGCUUCAAUUCCUUUGUUUGUGUAUAAAUCAAACAACGUCAAAUUAGAAUACUGCGUGAUUUGUUUGAGCAUGUUCCAAGAGGAGGAAAUCGGAAGGAACUUGCCAGAAUGCGGACACGGGUUUCACGUGGAGUGCAUUGACAUGUGGCUGCAUUCGCACGCCAACUGUCCAAUUUGCAGAGCUCCUGCGCUGGUCAACGAUGACUACAAGGUUGAAACAGAGUCAAACACUGAGAUAGUACUUGUUGAUGUUAGUUCCAUUGAUUCCGUGACGAUUGAGAAUGUGACGGAGAACAAUGACUCUACAUCUUCUUCAACAUCUUCUAUGUCGUCUCUGGGGAACUCACUGAAGAGAAUGUUAAGUAGGAACAGUUCAGAACACAGAGUGUUUCCAACUUUCAAUGGAAGCGAAUUCGAAGCUUGAGAGAAAGAGUCGCAUUGUUCAUUGUGGGGGAUGCUUUAUCAAGUACAGAAAUUCUUGAUAACUUGUUUAAUCUUUCUCUGAUAGUUCUCUCAUUGAUAAAUUAACGUACAUCACACAAAUCGCUGACCAUAAAUUUUCCUUUUAACUC